AUGGACUCAGCAACCAAGGAUGAAAUGCAGCCCUCACUUCCCCCUGGGCCUGAGUGGCCAGAGCAGGAGAGGGCGGAGCAGCUGGCCCGAGGAGCAGCACUCAAAUGGGCCUCGGGUAUCUUCUACCGGCCGGAGCAGCUGGCCAGACUGGGCCAGUACCGCAGCCGUGAGGUUCAGCGUACCUGUUCACUGGAAGCACGCAUCAAGUCGGUGGUGCAGUCCUACCUGGAGGGCGUGAAGACGGGUGUGUGGCAGCUGGCCCAGGCUUCUGAGGCUGUGCAGGGCGCCCGUGAGGCCCUGGGCCAGGCCCAUGGGUUGCUGCAGGGUACGGCAGAGGCCAUGCAGACCCUCAGACCGCUGCGGGAGCAGGUGGCGCAGCACAAGCAGCUGCAGGUCCUGUCUCAGCUGCUGCCCCGGCUCUGGGCAGUGCCAGCCACAGUGGCCCACGCGCGGAGCCUGAUUGAUGCCAGGCAGCUCUUGGAGGCAUAUGUGUGCCUUCGGGAGCUGGAGCAGCUGCAAGAGGAGACGUGGGCACCUCUGGGGGGCCUGGAGUUGCCAGUCUUCGAGGGGCUGGGCCCCCUGGCUGAGGCUCUCGGCCAGGCGGUGGAGGCGGCUGCAGGGGCCGCAGGGCAGCUGGCGCGGGAGGACCCAGCCCGGCUGGUGGCUGCCGUGCGUGUGGCGGAAGUGGAUGCUAGGUACACAGCCUCCCUGGAGCUGGCCCCCAGGGGCUGGCGGCAGCGCUGUCUGCAGGCAUUGCAGGAGGGCCUGGACAGGACCCACUUUGGGACGCCUCUCCUGCCUGAGCCGGGGGCCCUGGCAGGGUGGCUGGAGGCUCUGCGGGUGGCUUUACCAGCCGAGUUGUCCAUAGCUGAAGCACUAGUAGCACCCUGCUGCCCACCGUACUACAAGGUGGUCCAGCUGUGGGCCCACACCCUGCACAGUGGGCUGCGCCGCUGCCUGCAGCAACUCCUGGGAGGGCCUGAGCUGGGAGCUGCUGAUGCCUUCACCCUGCUGCACUGGGCACUGCAUGUGUACCUGGGGCCAGAAAUGAUGGGGAGCCUAGAGUUGGGGCCUGAGGCUGACGUGUCUCAGCUGGAGCCCCUCCUGACCCCAGAGAACAUUGAACAGCUGGAGGCAACAUUUGUGGCCCAAAUCCAGGCAAAUGUGGCCCAGUGGCUGCAGAAGGCACUGGAUGGGGAGGUAGCUGAGUGGAACCGAGAGCAGGAACCUGGCACAGACUCUUCUGGCUUCUACCACUCACCUAUGCCGGCCAUAGUGCUGCAGAUCCUGGAAGAGAACAUUCGCGUGAGCAGCCUGGUCAGCAAGUCACUGCAGCUGCGGGUGCAGGGCAUGGCACUCUCGGAACUGGGCACAUUCCUGAGGAGCUUUAGUGAUGCUCUGAUCCGAUUCUCCCGAGACCACGCCAGGGGGGAAACAAUGGCCCCUCAUUACGUGCCCUACCUACUGGCCACCCUCAACCACCAAUCAGCACUCAGCUCCUCCGUGUCGGUCCUGCAGCCCGACGGGGCGGCUUCAGGAGCUUUGGUUCCGGUGGAGACAGCGCUGGACGAGUUGCAGAGGAGGAUCUGCCGCCUGGUGUUGGAGGCGCUGCUGGCAGAGCUCCAGCCCCUGUUCGCGGCUCUGCCCUCACGCCGGUGGCUGUCGAGCCCAGAGCUGCUGGACGAUGUGUGCGAGCGGACAGCGCGCGUCUGCCAGGAUUUUAGGCGCGUGCGGAAUCCUGCGGCCCAGCUGCUCCUGGGGGAGGCGGAACGUACGGUGGUACUGCAGUACCUGCGUGCGCUGAUGCAGGGCCGCCUGGUGUGCCGAGGAGUCGACGAGAGGACCCAGGCGGCCGAGCGCCUGCAGCACGACGCGGCCCAGCUUCGGGAACUUUUCCUUGGUUUGGGCCUGGAGGAGAGUGUUCAGUGCGCGCCAGUGCUCCUCGCUCUGCGGGAUCUGCUGAACCUCCGCGACCCCAUGCUGCUUGGCCUCGAGGUGGCAGGCCUGCGACAAAAAUUUCCAGACGUGAGCGAGGAUCACGUCUCUGCCCUCUUGGACCUGCGCGGGGACGUGUCGCGGGAGCAGCGCCUGGCCGCACUCAGCUCCUUGCAGGCGGGCCCACAGCCCUCGCCCUCUGCCGGUCGCCGCGCACUCUUCAGCCUCGUCCCAGCACCUGCUCCUGCGCUGUCCUCCUGCCUUCCCUCGGGGCCCUGUUCCUGACGCCGGGCUGCCCUCCGGAUACAGUGACGGCCCCCGGACGCCUGAAUUGUGUACUGGGGGAAGGGGGAUAAAAUAAAAGUGCGAUGAUUAGGGGGUCCACGCUCAGCGAAACGCCUAAGGUA